CUUUCCUGCUUUAAUUGCAUUAACCUAAGUUUUCUCAUUUAACUUGUAUUAGAAGAAUAAGAAAGAGAGAGAGAGAAAAAUAAAAAUCCAUUUUGAAAAAAAAGAAGCCAUGGAUGAUAAAACUUCCCCUAGUUUCGAAUUACCCGGUUUUCGGUUCCAUCCUACCGAAGAAGAACUACUAGACUUUUACCUUAAGAACAUGGUUAAUGGAAGAAAAAUGUAUCAUGAUAUAAUCGGAUUUCUUAACAUAUAUCGAUUCGAUCCUUGGGAUUUACCAGGGUUGGCAAAAAUAGGAGAAAGAGAGUGGUACUUCUUUGUUCCAAGAGACAGGAAGCAGAGCAAUGGUGGGAGGCCAAACAGAACCACAGAACAUGGGUUUUGGAAGGCUACAGGUUCAGACAGAAAGAUUGUGAGCUUGUCAGAACCUAAACGGGUUAUCGGGUUAAGGAAGACUCUUGUGUUCUACAAAGGUAGAGCACCAAGAGGUUCCAAGACUGAUUGGAUUAUGAAUGAAUACCGCCUCCCUGAUAAUAUUGUUUUACCAAAGGACAUUGUAUUGUGCAAGAUAUACAGGAAGGCAACCUCACUAAAAGAACUUGAACAGAGAGCAGCCAAAGAAGAAGAGAAAUCAACAAAUGGAUUUGCAUAUUCAUAUCCCACAUCUCCUCUCUCUUCAUCAAAUGAAACUUACUCUUUUCUCGAUGCUGCUACUGCUAAUGCUAACGCUAACGCUAAUGAUGUUAAUGCGAAUGUGAAUGUGAAUGUGAAUGCGAAUGCGAAUGCUAGUGGUCAAUUUUUCCAAGACUUUUUUACACCAAUGUCUACAAAUGAUAUGAUCACUACUUUGAAGAAGGAAGAUCAAACUCCUUUUGUGGAGACCAAUUGUAGCCAAGUAGCUGCUGCUAAGAAUGUUACUUCUAAUACUAUACAACUACCCUUUGGAAAAGAGAACUUAGAGCUCCAAGUUCCUAAAUCGGGCAUGGAUUGGGCCCAAGACCCGCUUUUCUCAUUGUCAUGCAGCCCAUGGCUUGAGAAUUUAUUGAACUUCGCUAGCCCAACUCUAAUUUCCCAAACUUGUAAUCAACUCUACUUUAUUACUUAGUUGUGCAAGAUUGAUUUCACUAAUUUGAGUUAAAUUAGUUGA